AGACCUGAAGGUAUUCCCAAGACGUUACUCUGUUUUCUAUUUCCAAACACUUUCUGUGCACUUCUUCAAAGUCCUCUAAUGGCGCUCUGGUUUGUACUCCUAUUCUCUCUCUGUCUCUGCAUAGUCCUUAAAUCCUUCAUCCAUCUCCUCUCCCACAAAAAAUCCGAACAAUCAAAGCUCUCUGUCCCACCAGGCCCCCUUAAGGUACCCUUAAUCGGCAGCUUUCUCUGGCUCCGCAGCUCUUCUCGUUCAAAAAUUGAGCUAAUCCUCCGCGAUCUCCGCCACAAGUACGGUCCCAUCAUCACCCUCCACAUCGGCCCAAACCCUGCAAUCUUCAUCACAGAUCACUCUCUCGCCCAUCGAGCCCUCGUCGAGAAUGGCGCCUUCUUCGCCGAUCGGCCCCCUGCCGCCUCGCCCAGCCGCGUAGUCAAUAACAAUCCACUCAACAUCAAUUCUGCCACCUAUGGCCCUUUAUGGCGGCUUCUCCGCCGGAAUCUCACCUCCGAGAUCCUUCACCCUUCUCGAGUGAAAUCCUAUUGUCACGCCCGAAAAUGGGUCUUGCAGAUACUAAUUGAGCAACUCAGAUACCAUGUUGAAUCUGGUGUGCCGGUGCGCGUGAUUGAUCACUUCCAGUAUGCCAUGUUCUGCUUGCUGGUCGUUAUGUGCUUCGGGGAGAAACUCGAUGAAAAAGUCAUCAGAGAGAUCGAAGACGCACAGAGAACUCUACUUGUUAACAUGCGGAAAUACGCUGUUCUUGCGUUCUUCCCCAGACUCGGGAGAAUCAUCUUCAGGAAACGCUGGCAUCAACUGUUUGAGAUGCGCCGCAAACAGGAAUCUGUACUCUUCCCUAUCAUAAGAGCCCGCCGGGAGCUAAAGGAGAAAAAACAAGAUAACCCAGAUGAAUUCAUUGUCUCCUACGCUGAUACACUGUUCGAUCUUAAGAUCCCAGAUGAAGGACGGAAACUCACAGAGCAAGAAAUUAUGACUCUUUGUUCUGAGUUUCUGAAUGGCGGCACUGAUACAACAGCUACUGCAUUACAGUGGAUCAUGGCGAACCUGGUGAAGCACCAAGGUAUCCAAGAAAAGCUCUACUCUGAAAUUGAAGGAGUUGUGAGUUCAGGAGAAGAGAUUAGAGAAGAAGAUUUGCAGAAGAUGCCUUAUCUGAAGGCAGUGGUGUUGGAAGGGUUGAGGCGGCACCCACCAACUCAUUUCGUGCUGCCACAUGCUGUCACGGAAGAUGUUGUGUUUGAUGGCCAUAUCAUACCUAAGAAAGCCGCAGUGAAUUUCAUGGUGGCUGAGAUGGGUUUGGACCCAAAAGUUUGGAAUGAUCCAAUGGAAUUCAAGCCAGAAAGAUUUUUGAGAGAGGGAGAAGUAUUCGAUAUAACAGGGAGUAAGGAGAUUAAGAUGAUGCCAUUUGGGGUGGGAAGGAGGAUUUGCCCUGGACUUGGGUUAGCUUUACUCCAUUUGGAGUAUUUUGUGGCAAAUUUGAUCAGAGAUUUCAAAUGGACGGCUGUGGAUGGUGAUGAUGUUGACUUGUCAGAGAAGCAGGAGUUUACAAUCGUAAUGAAGAAUCCAUUACAGGCCAACAUCUCUCUAAGGGUAAAAUAAAAGAUCAUUUAGUUCCUUUUAUAUCAAUACUUUUGACUCUCUAUAUAU